CGGGCCGGAGCGGGUCCGUGCGCGGCUGGAGGACGGAGCCGUGCGCCGUCGCCGCGCGCCACCAGCCGCACCCGCUACCGAAGGCCGAGCGGUAGCCGUUAGCGCCGCGCCGCGCCGCCUCCCGCGCCCCGCCCCGGAGCAGCCCCCGGGCCCGCCCGCCCGCGUCCAGAUUUUUGAAAAAUACAAUGUCUAAUGGUUAUGAAGACCACAUGGCCGAAGACUGCAGGGGUGACAUCGGGAGAACAAAUUUGAUCGUCAACUACCUCCCUCAGAACAUGACCCAGGAUGAGUUGCGCAGCCUGUUCAGCAGCAUUGGCGAAGUGGAAUCUGCAAAACUCAUUCGGGAUAAAGUAGCAGGACACAGCUUGGGCUAUGGCUUUGUGAACUACGUGACCGCAAAGGAUGCAGAGAGAGCAAUCAACACGCUGAACGGCUUGAGGCUCCAGUCAAAAACCAUUAAGGUGUCGUAUGCUCGCCCGAGCUCAGAGGUCAUCAAAGAUGCCAACUUGUACAUCAGCGGGCUCCCUCGGACCAUGACCCAGAAGGACGUAGAGGACAUGUUCUCUCGGUUUGGGCGGAUCAUCAACUCACGAGUCCUCGUGGAUCAGACCACAGGUUUGUCCAGAGGGGUUGCGUUUAUCCGGUUUGACAAACGGUCGGAGGCAGAAGAGGCAAUUACCAGUUUCAAUGGUCAUAAACCCCCAGGUUCCUCUGAGCCCAUCACAGUGAAGUUUGCAGCCAACCCCAACCAGAACAAAAACGUGGCACUCCUCUCGCAGCUGUACCACUCGCCAGCGCGACGGUUUGGAGGCCCCGUUCACCACCAGGCGCAGAGAUUCAGGUUCUCCCCCAUGGGCGUCGAUCACAUGAGCGGGCUCUCUGGCGUCAACGUGCCCGGAAACGCCUCCUCCGGCUGGUGCAUUUUCAUCUACAACCUGGGGCAGGACGCCGACGAGGGGAUCCUCUGGCAGAUGUUUGGGCCCUUUGGCGCCGUCACCAAUGUGAAAGUGAUCCGCGACUUCAACACCAACAAGUGCAAAGGGUUUGGCUUUGUGACCAUGACAAACUAUGAAGAAGCUGCGAUGGCCAUAGCCAGCCUGAACGGCUACCGCCUGGGGGACAAGAUCUUACAGGUUUCCUUCAAAACCAACAAGUCCCACAAAUAACUCGCUCAUGCUUUUUUUUUGUACGGAAUAGAUAAUUAAGAGUGAAGGAGUUGAAACUUUUCUUGUUAGUGUACAACUCAUUUUGCGCCAAUUUUCACAAGUGUUUGUCUUUGUCUGAAUGAGAAGUGAGAAGGUUUUUAUACUCUGGGAUGCAACCGACAUGUUCAAAUGUUUGAAAUCCCACAAUGUUAGACCAAUCUUAAGUUUCGUAAGUUAUUUCCUUUAAGAUAUAUAUUAAACAGAAAUCUAAGUAGAACUGCAUUGACUAACCAGUCCCUCUGGAUGGUGGUGAACCUGAAGCAUGCUUUAACCUCUAAGACUGUCUAACACGCGUUUCAUUCAAUGUCUCCACAGACUGGGUAGCAAAAAAAAUCACCUUUUAGUUUUAGUUUUUAAUCUAAACAUGUUAGACAGAUGCUGAGUGUGCGUUUUCUCAACCGCUUCAACAUUGUAAGCGAUGUAUGCUUUGGUUGACAGGAAGUUCCUUUUCCAGGCAGGUCCCAUUGCCACCUCCUGCUCACUCAGUCCCGGGCUCUGCCAAGUGGUCCUGGGAAUGGCGGUGGGCCCGUCCAGCGUGGGCCACCACUGGGGCCGGGGGCCGCAUGCCGGGCGGGCCCUCCAGAGAAGGACACAAAUGUGUUUCGUAAGCCCAGGCACCAAUGGGAAUGGACCAAAGAGUUUCAGGGAAACUCCAGUAUAUUCCAGAGUUAGAUCUAAGCUCCAGGCACGCCUGAAGAUGUGUUGCUACUCUGACGCCCCGAGUUUCUGUCCACACAUUGCAUGCACAGCGCCCCACACAUUGGAUACUGUUGUUCCACGAUAAUUUCUCCCGUUUUCCAGAGCAUUUAACAUAGCUUGGAGGCGUAAGAUGGCUCUGUUUUUUAAUAACACAGAAACAUUUGAGCAUUGUAUUUCUCGCAUCCCUUCUCGUGAGCGCUUAGACCUUUUUCUAUUUUAGUCGCAUUUUGUUUUGGAAUUUUGCUUUUGUAUGAACACUCAGCAGAAAAGUACUUACUUCUUGCCAGUUAUCUAUUAACCAAAACCUUUGAUUUGUAGUUUUAAAGAUUAACCCUCAAAGUUCUCUUCAUAACUGCCUUGACAUUUUGGGUUGUUCUGUUCUGUUAAUUUUCUUUUGCUUUUUUGUGUUUUUUGUUUGUUUUUACUUUUGCAUUUAAGACCAUUAAAUUUGAUUUUGUUUUGCUCGAAUUUUGUUUUGUUUUUUAUUUUACCUUUUCUUUCUUUUUGGCUAGGGAAGGUGCAGGCGGCCCAGCAUUCAGGGAGGAGUCGUAAGAUCUUAAGAAACCAAUACUUGCCUCAAGCAAAAGCAUUUCUGAAUAUGUGACGCAGGAAUGUGCAGUUACAGGCUGGUGGCUUUUAAACUGGGAGCCCGAAGGAAGGGUGAAAGAGAAAGCCUGUGAAAUAGGCAGGGCCAGAUCGCCCAAAACUCCUCAGGACUGGGAUCUGGCAUUUAUAAAUAACUAGUAUACAGAGAGAAUCACAAACAGGAUAACUUAGUACCAGCAGUUUUUAACCUUGACGUGAGACUAAAACGUGACCGUAGGCUGUUUUUUAGUUAUUGCUCUCAUGAGAUGACGGCUGUAUUUAUCUGUUUAUUUAUACCGAUCUAUUUAUUUAUUUAUUUAUUGAAGUGGGAAAUGGAGCAAUAGGCAGGCACCACUGUCCCCAGAGCAGGUCAGCGUCUCUAGAGGCCCCUGGACAACUGAGGAUGCCCAUCCCCUCCCCUUUCCCUGAUCUUUUACCAAGGGGCUGUGUGCGCGAUCCUUGCAAAUUGAUGAUGUUGCCAUCUGUACCCAGGCCACGUCUCAUAAAAGUCGGCCUGGUGCCAGAGAGAGGACCUCCUUUCUCCCACAGAAUCCCAGAUCCUCAGGAAAAGCCAAAACCGAGGCCCGUUUGCCCAGAUUCGACACAAAAGAGGGUCCCUGCUCUGUUGCCGGAGAGCAGUCUCCACCCUGGGACCAGAAUGUUUUCCUGGAAAAAGAAGCCUUUCAGGUUUCCCCAGGCCAGCAUCUUCAGAUGGAAGGUGGGAGCCAGCAUCUUCUGAUGGAAGGUGGGAGCCAGCAUCUUCUGAUGGAAGGCUGGAUUCCCGCUUCUGAAACUCCCCUUGGAGUCUCACUGCCAUACAUGCCCGUAGCUAGCAUUCAACAGAGAACUCUGUCUUAAGCUUCAACUGUGAAAAUGAUGACGGGCUUGUAGCCAGCACCUCGGCUUCUUUCCUCGCCCCUUUUUAUCUGAAUCCUAUCAGUUGUUCUGAUACUGGGACAGGUGAGAAGAAACUGUGAAGUGUAUGAGCCUUUGAGAGUUCCCUGAAGUUUCUCAGUUCAGGAACAUUCUCAUUGUACGUGGUCUCCACUGUUUGAACAGCCUUCUAGCUAAAAAAAUUCCAAUGCCUUUAUUUGGGAGUCUUAACUUGCAAGCUUGUGGAAGGAUUUAGCUUUUGAACUGUCACUCCUGAAAAGCAAUCUCCGUUCCCAUCAAGGUUCUAGUUGCCGGCCCUGUGCCCUCAAAGUUCAUUACAUCUUGCCAAGGCCUGUUUGCAAAGGGGAGAUCCCUUUUCUUUAAAAAGGCACAACUCAAAAGAAACCAUUUCUUUAAAAAUUUUACGUAGAUGAGUCGUAUUUAUAGUUAACAAAAAUGAGUGCUCUCCUUUUAUUUGGGAAUUUCGAUGAAAAAGUGUUCAGAGUAGAUAAUGUUCAUUUAUCAAAAAUCUGGUUUGGGAAAUACCAAAGAGGCUUUGAUUGAAUUCCCUUUUGACCUGUGUGUAACUUCCUCUGGUAGUUAGACCCCAGGCAACUCCGAAUUUGUGAACCUGCUUCCUGAUGAAUUCUCCCUUGUUCCCCCUUGGCUUUGCCAUUAUUUCGUUUUCAGUGUGAUUUGCCAAGCCACAGUUUUCUGUGCUGGCUGUGCCUCUAGUCACAGCUCUGUGACUGAUUCCCUCCCGGGUGCUGAGUCCUCUCCUUGGCCACUAUCCUGCGUGAAUAUCCUGAAAUUCAUGGACUUCCUCAGGGGCCUGCCCGCAGGUGGUGCUGGGUGGGUUCCACCACCUUCUCCUGGAAGGUGAACCUUUUCCUGGCCAAGGGCAGCUGCCUUAACCUCUGAGAGUCUGCGCUUGGCCUUAGUCCUGGAGACCCAGUCUCCAGGGACUGAAUCGUGCUGCUGUCGGGAGCCAAGGCCGGCCCUUUGGAGCUGGCAGCCCAGCGGUCCCUGCUGGAUCAGAGAAAUAGAAGCACCCGAAGACGGUUAGUGGCAAUUCCUUGACCAGUUUGCUUCCAAACGAAGGCCAUUUGUCCACCAGGCAUUGAAAAGACAUGACUUAACCAGUCCGGCAUCGGACUUGAAAAUCGAAAUUGACAUCACUCAGCUGUUACAUUUCACAUCCCAUUCAGCCCGGUUUUAUUUCCAUGUGCUUUUCGCAGCCUUCCUGUGUUGGAUGAAAGAGAAUAAGAAUUCAGCUGACAGGAGGCCUCUAUCGUCUGUCCCUCCACCCCUCCCUCCACCUCAAUCCCCUCCCAUCUUCCCCAGACCUACCUCACCUACUAGGACCUGAGGCAGCUCCUUAGCAGAGACCCCUGGGGUUCAGCAGACUCUGGGGGUCAGGGAGUCCUGUCCCCAAACUUCCCAAGACAGCCCUGAAGUCACAAGUGCUUUUUUUUUGAGUGGCAUUGGCAAUUGGCAUGUAACGAUGGCAGUAGAAUCUGAAUCUCGGAUCCCAGGCAGGGUUCACGUUUCCAAACCUUUUGAUUUCCCCUGACUUCUAAUGGCCGGAUCCUAUUUUUCUACCUUUCAGUGACAUCAUUCAGGUUUUUUUCUUGGCCAUUUAAAAAAAAGCUUUUUUUUUUUUUUUUUUCUCGCUUGUAAGUCACCGCCAGUACGUAAGUUUGGCUAACGGAGACUUUGACAGGACUGGAUUUUUCUUCCACUAGAAGAGAAGGCUUUUCCGUUGGUUUGGGGCCACCUCUUUGACCAUGACCAUGUGAUGUUCCGUUUACAGUGACUUGCUUUGGGGGAGGGGAGGCUCUCUUAACCGAUUCCCAUGUUGUACAGUAGAUGGUUAGACCUUUUGUAUAUUAGUGUGUUUUAAGUUAUUGAUUUGUUUUAUAUAAAAUAAUUUAUUUUUCAGGUGCCAUUUUUCAUUUUAACUUUGUUUUUACAUGGGUUUGUUUUCAAUAAAGUCUGACACUGGUGUCCAAAAGUCAA